AUGGGCAGGACACGCUCAGAACGCACACACAAAAAAGAGGCACGGCGGCUUGACACCUGCGACGGCCCGGAGCCCACGUGGGGUCCCCGGGCGGCCCAGCAACCGGCUCGCUACGGCCACAAAGCGAACCCCAAACUUCGCCGCGGGGACCCCAAGGCCGGCACGGAGGGACCCGAGCCGACACCCACCCGCGAGGCCACCACCUCCCGGGCGACCCUCGCCUCGCCCCCGGGCCCCCCGCCGGCCGCUCCCGCCCCGACGCCCGGGAUCCCUGAGGGGGCGCGCCCGCCGGGCUGCCCCGGGGUGCCCGGUGCCCGCCCGCCCGCCCGCCGGCGGCCCCGCGCUCCUCGCUGGGCGGGCCCAGCGUCCCGGCUCCGGCCCCGAGGCCGCCCGUGCCACGCCGCUUCUCACCUGCGCCCGCCGCGCCCCGCGCCUCACAGCGCCGAGAGCCGCCGCCGUUCCGCCCGCCCCGGCGCCCGCGGCCGCGCCGCCGCCAUCAUGGCUCCGGUCGGAAGUGACGUCGGGCGGCGCGGCCGCGGCCUGUGGGCCUUGCGGGACCCCGGCCUCCCGGCCCCUCGGCCGGACACAGCCCCGAGGAGCCCGGCCUUCCCGAACGCCAGCCCUCCCUGA